UGCGGCUUCAUCGGCUAAAGGCAAGUCGCACAUAUGUAUGUGUAAUCCAUCCGCGCACAAAGAGUGGUUAUCGUUCCCUGGAUCCCGGAACCGCUUUCGAAGCCAUGAUACUUACCUAUGCUCCACUCUGCUUAAAGAGGAUAUGGCGCCCUUCAAACGCUCAUUGGCUUUAGUCUACUAUCAGCCUGUCUAUGCAAUUGUGCUUUCAUUCUCCCUAUCGUUUUCUCAAGUCAAACGCCCUCUUUCCAUUUUUGAUCAUAGUGUUGCCUCACCAUCAAUUGACGCACCAAGAAUUCUUCAAGUCCAUGGGCCAGUCGAGGACUAGCCACUUGUCUAAGGCCAAAACAAUGAUCAAUCGUUCAACAGUCGACUCUGCGAUUACGCGUGCAG